CCCAAGGUAUUUUUAUCUCAGGGCAGCAGCGUGGCGGCAGUCAGGGAGGAGGCAUCAAAGGGUGGCGGAGGCUGAGCUGGGACACGGCAGCCAGGAGCUCUGGGUGCUGCCCACCGAGGAUGACCCCAGAGGAGGAGGAAGGCUCCCAGGUAGGACCCCCAGAGAGGGUGUGUAUCUGGGUGGAGGAGCAGUCGUUCUGGGUGGAGAAGACCUUGCUGGUGGAGAGCAGUGAGUACUUCCGUGCCCUCUUCCGCUCGGGCAUGAGGGAGAGCACCCAGGAGGAGAUGGGGCUGGGGGAGCUGAGCGCCGCUGGGUUCCUCGCCAUGCUGAGGGUGCUGGCAGGGGAGAGGCCCAUCCUGGGCAGCGAGGAGACCUUCCAGGCAGUGGAGUGUGCUGCCUUCCUGCAGGUGAAGCCCUUGGCCAAGUAUCUCAUACACUCCAUCAACUCCGACAACUGCAUCCUGCUCUACCAAGCUGCCGCCAUAUUCGGCCUCCUCGACCUCUUCCACUGCGCCGCGCUCUACAUCAGGGACAGCUACGCCGAGCUGGAGGAGCACCUGGACUGCCUCUCUGCUGACCUCCUGGCCUACGUGGACACCCUCUUGCCCAGCACCUUCGUGGCCGUGGGAGCCCACACUCCCACCUUCGAGUUCCUGGAAGACCUCUCCAGGACCAUCUGCUACUUGGAUGAGGAGACCAACACCUGGAGGACCCUCUCCUGCCUGCCGCUGAGCGCCAGCACCUUCCUGGCAGGCAUGGCGACCAUGGAUAAUAAGAUUUACAUCGUGGGUGGUGUCUACGGGGCCAGCAAGCAGGUGGUGGAGAGCAGCUUCUGCUACGAUGCCGACACCAACGCCUGGAGCGAGUUCCCCAGCCCCCAUCAGCUGCGCUACGACGUCAGGCUGGUGGGCCACGAGGGCUACCUCUAUGCCAUCGGUGGGGAGUACGGGAAGAUCUCCCUGAAGUCCGUGGAGAGGUACGACCUGGCCUCCAACACCUGGACCUUCGUCUCUGACCUCCCCCAGCCCAGCACGGCAGCGCCCUGUGCCCAAGCCAUGGGGCAGAUCUACGUUUGCUUGUGGAAGCCGCUGGACACCACGGUCAUCUACGAGUACGAGACCCAGCAGGACACGUGGCUCCCCGUCACCGAGCUGAAGAGGCACCAGAGCUACGGGCAUUGCAUGGUGGCCCAUCGUGACAACCUCUACAUCAUGCGCAAUGGCCCCUCCGAUGACUUCCUGCACUGCGCCAUCGACUGCUUCAACCUGAGGUCACGGCAGUGGACAGCCCUGCCCGGGCAGUUCCUGAACAGCAAAGGAGCCCUUUUCACUGCUGUCAUCAAGGGUGACACCGUCUACACUGUCAACAAAAUGCUGACCCUCCUCUACUCCGUGGAAGAGGAGACCUGGAGGUACAAGAAGGAGCGGGCGGGUUUCCCGCGCAGCGGCUCCCUGCAGACCUUCCUGCUGAGGCUGCCGAGGAGGGACCACAGCAUCGCCACAUAGCUGGCCCUGACCCCUGACCCGGGGCAGGAUGCUCUCCUUGCACCUGGCUCUGCACCAGCUGCUCUCCUGGGCUCCUCUGGGGAGCUACAUUGAGGUCCAGGAACGUGUCACGUUGGAGGUGACACUGCUGCUCCUCCAUGGAGCCAUAUCCAGAUCCAUGGACAUGUCACAUCGGACCUUGGGUGUGACACAAGACCCUGCAGCUCCUCCAUGGAGACAGGUCCAGGGACAUGUCACAUUGGACCUUGGAUAUGACACUGCUGCUCCUCCAUGGAGCCAUAUCCAGAUCCAUGGUCAUGUCACAUCAGACUUUGGAUGUGACACAAGACCCUGCUGCUCCUCCACGGAGACAGGUCCAGGGACAUGUCACAUUGGACCUUGGAGGUGACAUCAGACCCUGCUGGAGGGAAAGGGGCUGCAGGCAGAUGCUGCCUGGGCUCUGUGUGAAGUCCUACCAGACGUGGGCUGAUGAGCCAACUGUGUGCAGGGUUUGGUGGCUUCUGCAGAGGACAGAUACCAAAGAGAUGAGAGGAGGGGCUGCAUUUAUUCCAUGCACACCCUGAAGGUGUGCAGCAUCCCAACUCCUCUCUGCUUCGAUGGGAAAAAAUUAAUUAUAUCCUGGAAUUAAAAGG